UUUAUUUUUAUGCAUAUUUAAACGCCACACUAUCAUAUUACUUAUCAAAUAUAUGUAAUUCAUUCGCUCAAAUGUCUAGUAGUAAGGGUAAAAUUUGUCAGCUUGCCAAUUCAGGUGAUAUCCAAUGUUUUAUAUGUAUACUUGUCACAUUGAAUUCAAAUUCCUCCUCGAAAAUAGGCGCUAAUGAAAUUCAUUAUUUUUUGAAAGUGUUCCUGCUCCAAUUCAAUAAUAUCUGUUACUUCCUGCUCCAAUUCAAUAACAAGAACAUAAAUUAUGCAGCUUGCAAAAAGUCCAGUAUCAAAUUUCAAAUAAAGCGCAUGCGUGAACAGAUAAGAGAUUAAACUAUCGUCUUACCGUCGUAAAAUAUUUCAAAAUGUUAAUGUGUUUACACUGUGCAGAUUUCAAUAAAGUAUAUUUUAUAGAAAACAUUUGUUUCGAUCAUACGCUAUACUCGUUUAAUUGGUUGCAUCAUUGGACAAUCGUUCGUUACCCGUGUUAAGAUCGAAAUUAAUACCGCCGGAUAAAUUAAUACCGUUGGAAUUUUGUUGUUUUGACACGGAUAUUAAGGAUAUGGCAACUGCCGAAGUAGACGGGGCCAGAUCGUCAGAAAGGACCAUCAGCUUGGAGAACAAAGAGGAAAAGUUUGAGGAUACUGAAAAUGUAGGUACAUUUUUGGACCACCACUGUCAACCUUGUUUUACUGAAGACAUGACAGUCAAAUCAUCUAAGUUUUGUGUAGACUGCAAUGAAUUCCUCUGCAAAGACUGCAUUAGAGUUCACAGAAAAUUAAACUGCACAAGACACCAUCAAAUUGUGGACAACAGAGAUGACAUAAGCAACUUUCCUACAAUGACGAGUGCAGGAAUAUGUUUUUAUCACUCUGGUAAGCAAUUAGAUAGGUUUUGUGAACAACAUGAUGAAUUUUGUUGCGUUUCAUGUUUGAAAACCAGACAUACGGCAUGUAAGGCUAAAUCGACCAUAAACGAAGUUUCAUCAAAACUUUCAGAGGAAGAAAUUAAUGACGUUGAAGAGAAAAUAGAAAAGGUCAUAGUAAAGUUGCAAGAAGUCAAAGCAACUCGCUCAAAAGACAUGGAUUUGCUGGUUACUCAGAGGCAAGACAUCCUGAAUUCCCUCGGAUCAAUAAAGCUUGAUUUGCAGAAUGUAUUUGAGCAACUGCACCAAAAACAUACAGAAACAGUUGAAAGGAAAUGUGUGAAACUUCGAGGAAAAUUAGAAAAUGAUAUUCAAACAUGCGUCGAAAUGGAAGAAAGUUUAAAGAAAUCUGAACUGGCACUGAAAUGUGAAGAUAAAACAAAGCAGUUUGUAACUAUGAAACAACUCUUAAAACAACUUGUCAUUGUCGAAACUACAGCAAAUGCAAUGGUAAAUGAAGUUCCGGAAAAGAGUUUGGAGUUGAAGAGAACACCGCUUUGUUCAAGAGUACUGAAUCAACCAGAACUUCUCAUUGAUUUCUCCGAGGAUGUACGUUUAUACAAAACAAUUGGCGAAGCAGACACUGUAUGCCAACGGGAAUUAAAUAUUGCAUCUUACAAAUACGAUGGGAUACGUUUCACAUGCAUAUAUCGGGGACCGUCAGAGUUGGUAUUUUCUGAUAACUCAUCAAUUUCCAUACAUGACACAAUGAGAAAUCAAACUAAGCAAACGAGAUUCCCUGUAAAGAUUUCUGCUAUAGCUGUGGAGAAAGAUAAAAUUUUCAUCGCUCUGCAAGAUCAAGGUUUGGUCGUCACUCCUGGGGUAAAUGACGAAAUGAAAACUGUUCUUAAAACUGUUGAGCCAUGUGUUGGUAUCAUUAAAUCAUCCAACAUGUUUUAUGUCACAGUUGUGAGCAACCAUGCAGGCCAGCUGCGGGAAUAUACCAUUAAGGGAAAUCUGAAUAAUGUUUUGAAAACAAACGAUAAGGGAAAAAACAUAUUUACCGACGGUAUCGGAGAAGUUAAAAUAUCUAAGCAAGAAAAGAAGUUGUAUGUAGUAGAUAGGAACGCUGGUGUCGUCAUUGCAUCUGUAGUUACAUUCAAGAUACUUAAGAUCAUUUCAAAUCUCAACGGUCCAAAGGGAAUUUCUCUAGUGGAUGAUAUGUCUCUCUUUGUUCUGUUUGAAACUGGAGAAGUCAGACAAACUAUAGAUGAGGGAGAAACGUGGAAUAUUGUAUUUAAGGAAGAGCCAGAGCCAAAAGGAAGAAUGAAAGUUAGAACGCGUGAGAAAACAAUAUAUCAUUCUAUCUGUUGGGAUGGAUACUCCUCAAUUGCAAGGACUAUCUAUAGUGAUCAUCAGUUUGCUGUGUGGCCAUCGUCUGUCCAACACAUUACAAAUCUCAUUUCUUGAAACUAACUAGCCACAACUUAAGAUGGCGGGUGGUGAAGUUCGUUAAUAAGAGAUUAAGAUACAGUUUGGUUGUACCUUCUUGCUAGGUGUGCCAUUUUUGCUAGAAGGUACACACCUGCUAUUUAUUGACCUUUUUAUUAUAGCUUCUCUUUAUAUGUUUCUUGUUAUUUUCAUUUUUCAUAUUUUCCACAAGCUAAAGUAUCAUUUGUAUUGUUUUAUUUUUCAUUAAUAAUUCCUUCAUUAUUUGAGAAUCGAUCAGAAAACGAUUCAGCACCCAUUCGCAUGCCAUUAUGAUGUAAAUACGUGAUGUCAAAGUUAGAACACAUGGAUGUUCCAGUUCCUGCUAUAAUGACCUUGCUAAAUGAUGUCAACGCGGACAUUCUAGUUCCUCGGGGUCAUUAUAAACAUGGUGCAUGAGGCACACUGUACCAUGGUGUAUCCUUAACAGCUUCCUUAAUGACCGUUUUCAAUGCCGUUUUUUUCUAACUAUUUAUAAUAAAGUACAGAUCUAUAACGAUAUACAAAGUUCGUCCAGUAAUGCUAGAGUAUUUGCCAUUGCAUUAGUCAAAACGAGGUUAAUUUACGGCAUGGUUGUACCUUUUUGCCAUAAUGACACACCUGCAAAGUUUAGUGUCAUAGAUUUCCGCGGGCCGUAAUGAAACUAGAUGUGCCAAUCUGGCUAGAAGGCAUACAAGAGCCAUUUAUUGGCAUUUUUAUUAUCCGAUAGAGACUAAGAAACUUAAUCUGUUACAUUCAAAUUAAAGAUAUGAGGCUUCUUGGUAUUGUGGAUUCUAUUUAUUUGAUAUAAAUAUAUUUUAGUCAAAUGAUUCAAAAUGACAGUAUCUUCAGUCUUUGAUGUUAAUAUCAUAGAUGUAAUAUAUGCGCCUCUGUUCAUUUUGUAAUGAAUUGAUUUAUUUUCUAGUGUUUAAUUUUGACUGCACAGAGUCGUUUUAGAAAAAUAUGUGUAACAAUGAUUAAAAAAUUCCCAGUCUGUUGUCAAAGGACAUUUAAACUUCUUAAAACCUCAUUUCUGCAAAUCAAAUUAUUUGAUAUUUCAUAGACAUACUACUUAAUUAACGUUAACAUUUUAGUUAUUAACGAUAGCCUUUUAAGUGUUUGAGGGCUAGAAUGAACGUUUGGUCAUUUUAUGCUACGCUUGCAUGGUUUUAUGUAUUUGUUUAAAUAGUUGCCAGCAAAUCAUGUUUGAAUAAUCCCUUCGUAUUUGUGAAAAACGUUUUUGAAUUGACUUUGUUAUAUAACUGUAUACCUGACUUUUGUUAAUGUUGAUUAAUACAAAUUCAAAAUAAAACGAUAAAUUAAUACUGAACAUUCAAAUUCUUUGGAUAUAUAUCUGGUUUUGUAAGAUUUUUACAAUAAAAGUUUUUUUUCUUCUA